AUGGACGACGUAUUUACUCUCAUUUUGCUAUCAUUUGCCAUGCUUGUAGGAUGUUAUCUUUCUGGUUUGAUUCCAAUUGUUAUAACAUUUUCAGAGGAGAAGUUGAAGUUAAUCACAGUAUUUGGAGCAGGUCUCUUGGUGGGGACCGCGCUUGCUGUCAUCAUUCCUGAAGGAAUCCAUGCCAUGAAUACCCAGAGUCAUGACACAGUACACAGCGACUUACCAAACAAAGACCAAGGUUUGAACACCGUGGAUGGCCACACCCACACCCACACCCAUAGUGUCUCUGACAACCACACCAUCAUUGGGGUGACACUAGUGGCAGGAUUCAUCUUCAUGCUUCUUGUUGACCAGAUUGGAGGUGGACAUGCACAUGGGUCUACAGAUGCUGAAUCAAAUGGAGCUGGAUCAACCAUCCAACAAAAUCGACACAAAAUCACAGCCACACUGGGUUUGGUAGUACAUGCUGCUGCUGAUGGUGUUGCUAUGGGAGCAGCAAUUAUGAUGCAGCGAUCACACUUAACUCUAAUCGUGUUUAUAGCUAUCAUGUUACAUAAGGCACCUGCUGCUUUUGGUUUGGUUACCUUCUUAUUACACGAUGGUUUUGAUCGACCCAGGAUACGAAGACAUUUGUUAAUAUUUUCAGCGUCUGCUCCAAUAGCCUGUAUUUUUACUUAUAUAGGAUUAUCUCUUAGCCAGGGAAGUUUAGGAAAACUUCAUGACUUUCAAACCACAGGCAUUGCCAUGUUAUUUAGUGCUGGGACAUUUUUGUAUGUGGCAACAGUACAUGUUCUUCCAGAAGUGACCACUCGUCAUACAAAACAGACCAAUUCUGACAACACAGUGAUCAUUCAUGAACAGAAGGGAUUCCGGCCGAUUGACCUAGUGGCCAUAGUGACUGGUUCUGUAAUACCGGUAUUGUUAUCAUUUGGCCAUAAACAUUAAA